GGUUUUAGAUGAAGUCAUUUCUCUGAAAAUGCCACUGCAAAUAAUCAUCUGAAUGUCUCGAUUUCGGCAAUAUUUUCCAUUUAUUUGACAAUAUAAGAGUAAUAUAUUUAUAGAUUAAUUUGGUGCCAACUUUUCAAGAUGUCUGCCUCUGCAGUUUAUGUGUUAGACAUCAAGGGAAAGGUUUUAAUAAACCGUAAUUAUCGUGGCGACAUUGAUAUGUCUGCCAUUGAUAAGUUUAUGCCCCUACUGAUGGAUCGAGAGGAGGAAGGACAAAUGACUCCAAUACUAAGUCAUAACAAUGUCACCUUCGUCUUUACGAAACACAAUAAUCUGUACUUGGUGGCAACGACAAAGAAAAAUGCCAAUGUGAUGCUUGUAUUCUCAUUCCUUCAUAAAAUUGUACAGGUGUUCAUAGAAUAUUUCAAGGAUUUGGAAGAGGAGAGUAUCCGCGACAACUUUGUGAUUAUCUAUGAACUAAUGGAUGAAGUCAUGGACUUUGGUUAUCCACAGACAACUGACACAAGAAUCUUACAGGAGUAUAUUACUCAGGAAGGCCACAAGUUAGAAAUUGCCCCUCGACCACCACCUGCCGUUACCAAUGCUGUCUCUUGGCGAUCAGAUGGCAUCAAGUACAGAAAGAAUGAAGUCUUCCUGGAUGUCAUAGAAUCAGUUAAUUUAUUGGUUAGUGCUAAUGGUAAUGUCCUGAGGAGUGAGAUAGUUGGCGCAAUCAAGAUGAGGGUAUACUUAUCAGGAAUGCCUGAGCUAAGGCUUGGUCUCAACGACAAAGUUCUGUUUGAAAGUACUGGUAAAGGAGGAAAGAGCAAGUCGGUGGAGCUGGAGGAUGUCAAGUUCCACCAGUGUGUCCGUUUGUCCAGGUUUGAGAAUGACCGUACUAUCUCAUUUGUGCCACCGGAUGGAGAGUUUGAGCUGAUGUCAUACAGGCUCAACACCCAUGUCAAGCCAUUGAUAUGGGUGGAAUCAGUAAUAGAACGACAUGCCCACAGCAGGGUUGAGUAUAUGAUAAAGGCCAAAAGUCAGUUCAAGCGCCGGUCAACUGCCAACAAUGUUGAUAUAGUCAUUCCAGUUCCACAGGAUGCAGAUUCGCCCAAGUUCAAAACAACUGUUGGAAGCUGCAAAUACUCGCCUGAGAGCAAUACAGUUGUAUGGACCAUUAAGUCAUUCCCUGGAGGAAAGGAAUAUCUGAUGAGGGCCCACUUUGGCCUCCCUAGUGUUAUGAGUGAAGACUCUGAAGGCAAACCUCCAAUCCAUGUCAAGUUUGAGAUCCCAUAUUUUACAGUAUCCGGUAUCCAGGUGAGGUACUUGAAAAUUAUAGAGAAAAGUGGUUACCAAGCCUUACCGUGGGUCCGUUAUAUCACACAGAAUGGAGAUUACCAGUUAAGAAUACAGUAGAACUCAACCAGAGGGCCGCACAAGUUCCACCUAGCUGUGAGCAUUCUGGGCUGGAGCUAUAAUUUGUUCAUCCGAAGCAAGAAUGUAAAAUGUGAUUUGGGCAUUUCCCGAUGGCCGAGAGUGUUUAAGGUGUGGCCUCAUGAACGGAAGGUCAAAUAUUUGAGCCCUGAUGACGCUUCUGCAAGAUUUGAAUUGGAAACAUUUCCUGGUGUCCUGGCUGAUCUAAACGAAGUAUAGCUCGAUCCUAGGUGUACUGGUAUUAGUAUGACUGUUCUUGCAUGUUUUACUGCAGCUUUUAACAUCCAUGAUAAUUUUCUAACAAACCACCAACGUUGCUGACAAAGAAAUGGCAACAAUAAUAUAGCAUAAAGAAUUUGCUACAUGUAUUUACAGUGUUCAGAAUUAGGUAUUGAGCAAUUAAAAUGAUGUGCUUUCAAAAUUUUCAUUCCUGGUACUGGUUGAUUUAAUGUUGUGCUAGGAAAUGCAGGAGAUGUUAUGAUUUUCAUGUAAAAGAACAAGAACUUGCCAUGUGGACAAUUUCAAUUUUAUUCAUAAAGUGUAUUGAUUAUGUUAUCAAAUGUGCUUGUAAUAUAGUUUCGAUCAUAUGCACUUUGAUCAUUGUAUGGCAGAAGAAUAAUAAACAUUUCCCAGAAGGGAGCAGAUUAAAUCUACUUUGCUCGAAAAAUUUCUUGGGUCAUGAUGAACCCUAUUGCCUCCAUAAGCAAAUGUAUCAGAAAUAAUAGUCCCGGUAAAAGUUGUCAAGAACUUCAUUUUUGAAAUACAACCGCUUGUGUGUUUGUAUCCAGCUUGUCCAUUUCUACAUUGUAUUCUGUUUCAUUUCUGACAACCUUUGUGACAUUCUUUAUUUUCACAUCGGUAGCUUUUAGUGUAUAUAUACUUGAUGUUUAGUUGUGAAGAUGAUGGCUUGCAAUUCUAUCAUUGAAGCUAUUUGAACUUUGCACAUGCUGCUUUAAAAUCUGAUAAGAACUUGCAACAAUCGUGUUUCAUGAACGUGUAUUCAAGCAAGUUUCAUUCUGAAGAAAAAGAGGUGUCUCUUAUUCACCAUCCUUUUGCGAUAUGAAAAUGAAAAUUACCCCACCUGAUAUUGGGGGUUGAUCAUGUUGUUCAACAUAUAAUUUCUGUCAGAAAAACAGGCCUUGAGGUCCUUGUGGCUACUGCCCAAGCCUUCAUUUGGUAAUUCGUUAAACUUUUUGUUUCAUAUUGAUACAUGCAUGUGUAUAUUUAUCAAAAGUGGGGGAUUUCAGUAUUUUUGUCCAAGAGAUUCUGUCAUCAAAGAAGUUGUGCAAGUCUGAGAAGAUGAAUCGAGCAAUAUUUGAGAUUUUCCAUUAUUUGUUGACAGCAUCUCCUGGGUAAAAGUGUCUGAAUUGGUAAGCGAUUUGUAUCAAGUAGAUGUUGCAUAUUAUAUGAGGCAUUGUAUGUAAAGGUGUUCCAUAUACAAUGUGUAGCAUUGGUCAAUAAAUAAAAGAAGUGAUUCUCA